AUGACAGGUCUGCCAAUAUCCACAAUUUUCAGACCAGUACCAAGUACACGAAGAGUAAUAAAUAUUCACCAACGACAUCAACAAGACAUAAACGACGCAGGACGUCGUGAUUGGAAUUUUCGAUUUGAAAAUGUGGUUCGAUCAUUAUGGAUACCACUUAGG